AUGACAGAAAAUUUCAAUGAAUCGAACAUCCUUAUUUGUGGUUCGUCUCGCGUCGGAAAGAGUACUCUUAUCAAUGCCAUCUGUCAAAAAGAACUUUCAAAGUCGAAUGCCAGUUUAAAUUCUCGUACAAAAACUAUCAAUCGAUAUUCAUCUCGAACUGUAGUUGGUCAUAUAACUCAUGAAACUACUUUUUGGGAUACACCGGGUAUUGAAUCUUGGAAUGAAAAUGAUGUUCGUACUUAUAUGACAUCAUUAAUUGAAAAAACUCAUCCAUUAUGUAUGAUCUAUUGUGCAUCACCUGGCUCGUUCGCCAUAUUAGAUCAUGUUGCUUGGAUAGUUUCUGAAUGUCAUCAGAAAAAUAUUUUAUGUGCACUUGUUUGUACCAAUAUGUGGAGUGGUUGUAAUCGAAAAAGUGUUGUAGAUGGAUUUUGUAAAAUAUUGAAUACUGUUCAUCCACAAAUCAAGCCAAUCAAAGAAGAUGGUAUUAUCUAUUACGAUCGAGUUGCUCUUGUUACAAUGGUUAAUAGUACACAGUAUGUAGAUGAAGAUUUUGGCGUUACAAAACCACCAUUGGGCAUCAAUGAACUCAUUUUUGGUAUAGCUAAAUGUUUGGAACGAGAUUUUAUGAUUGCAUGGUUUCGAACCGUAUCUGAAAAUCAAUCAUUUUGGACGACAAUGUCAUCGAAAUUAUGUGAUCUAUUCAAAGUACCAUAUGAUAAAUUCAAUAGUUUAUAUCAACAUGCCGAAAAUUUUCUCGGUUUUCUAUGUGGUUUUUCUGAAUUUUACGACGAAAACACAACUUUACUUGAGCAAUCUACAAUAAAUAUCGAUCCUAAUGCUGCAUUAUUACCACAAACACUUACGAAUGAAUCUUUGUUUUAUGAUGCCGAAAUGAUCGAAAUACCGAACUCUUCUUCAUGCACAAAGCAAUUAUUAUUCACAUUGAAAUCAAAAGAUAUGAUGAUGCGAUUCAACGAUGCUUUGGUACAACUUGGUGCCAGUAAAAUACAAAACUGUCAAUCUGACGAAACAGAUGAAGAGAAACUUCUAAUUAAGGCUGAGUUUCACGAUGAUGAACGUUUGAAUGCAAUAUACGAUUUUUGGCAAGUGAUAAAUCAAACUGAAGUUAACUGUAUAAUCGUGAAUGACUCGUGUACUGAUUAA